GGGUGAAAGGUGUUUCACGAAAUUAGAGGGUGAUCGGAGAGUACGCUGAAGAUGAACCUAAACAAACUUUUCGUUUUAUCAAAAUCGGUCAGGCUGGGAAGCAGUUUGAUCUCUGCACGAGUGGGGCAAGUUGGUGGAGACUGUCUGCAUCACUUUCAGUCACAGCGCUCCAUUAGAUCCAGUGCGAGGAGUUUGGCAUAUGCCAAAGAUCUGUUCCUGGGCAAAGUAAACAAGGCGGAAGUCUUUCCCUACCCAGAAAUAAGCAACGAGGAAUUAGAGGAGAUCAAUCAACUUGUUCAGCCAGUGGAGAAGUUUUUCAGUGAAGAAGUUGAUUCUAAGAAGAUUGACCAUGAUGCUGUAAUUCCUCCUGAGACUUUGAAUGGACUGAAGGAACUUGGGCUGUUUGGGAUCCAAAUACCAGAAGAAUAUGGUGGUUUGGGCCUCUCUAACACCAUGUACGCCAGGUUAGGUGAGAUCACGUCUUUGGAUGGGGCAAUUGCGGUCACACUGGCAGCACAUCAAGCCAUUGGCCUGAAGGGUAUCCUGAUAGCUGGAAAUGAGGAGCAGAAGGCAAAGUACCUGCCCAAACUAGCAACAGGAGAGCAUAUUGCAGCAUUCUGCCUCACUGAACCUGGAAGUGGCAGUGAUGCCGCAUCUAUUCAAACACGUGCCACAUUGACAGAAGAUGGAAAACACUUUCUGCUAAAUGGCUCAAAGUUCUGGAUUUCCAAUGGUGGAUGGGCAGAUAUCAUGACCGUGUUUGCCAGAACGGAGGUUGUUGAUAAAGAUGGUCAAAAGAAAGAAAAGAUCACAGCUUUCAUUGUGGAAAGAGCAUUUGGUGGCAUCAGCAGUGGCAAACCCGAGGAUAAACUGGGCAUCAGAGGCUCAAACACCUGUGAGGUGACAUUUGAGAACACCAAGGUGCCAAUCGAGAACGUGAUUGGUGAAGUUGGUGGUGGCUUUAAGGUCGCCAUGAACAUUCUGAAUAACGGGCGGUUCAGCAUGGGCAGCGCAGGUGCAGGAAUGAUCAAGAAGCUGAUUGAGAUGACAUCAGAGUAUGCUGGGACUAGAAAACAAUUCAACAAGAGCCUGUCCGAGUUUGGAAUGAUUCAGGAUAAGUUUGCUACCAUGGCCCUGAAUGCCUUUGUGAUGGAGAGCAUGGCUUACCUCACAUCUGGAAUGAUGGACCGACCAGGACUCCCAGACUGUUCGCUAGAAGCCGCUAUGGUUAAGGUCUUCAGCUCCGAGGGCAGUUGGAUCUGUGUGAGUGAAGCCCUGCAGGUUUUAGGAGGGCUGGGCUUCACUAAGAACUUCCCCUACGAGCGCUACCUCAGGGACUGCCGCAUCCUGCAGAUCUUUGAGGGAACUAAUGAGAUUUUGAGGAUGUACAUCGCACUUACAGGAAUGCAGAAUGCUGGCAAAAUACUAACAGGAAAAAUAAAGGAGAUGAAGAAGGGAAAUGUGGGUGUGGUGUUUGAGAUUUUGGGGAAGAAAUUGAAGGACUCAAUGGGGAAGACAGUGGACUUUGGACUGACCGGCAAAGAUGGUGUAGUGCACCCCAGUCUGGCGGAGAGCGCCAAAAUGUUCGAGCAGAAUGCUGCACUCUUUGGCUCUACUGUGGAAAGCUUACUGUAUCGAUAUGGAAAGGCAAUCGUGGAAGAGCAGCUGGUUCUCAAAAAAGUUGCAGAUGUUCUGAUUAACCUCUACGCCAUGACAGCUGUCCUGUCCCGCACCAGUCGCUCUAUAAGCAUUGGUCUGCGCAAUCAUGACCAUGAGGUGCUGCUCACCAACACUUUCUGCAAAGAUGCUUAUUUCAAGAACAACUUCAUGUUGACUCAGCUUCAAAAAAAUUCCCCAGAGAAUAAUGAUGCCAACAUAAAGAAGAUCGCCCAGGAGGUCUUGGCAAAAAGAGCGUAUAUCUGCUCGCAUCCUUUGGACAGAACUUACUAAAGUGUCCAGGCUGUCUCCUGCAUUCUGAUUGAGUGACUAGGCAUUGUCCUCGGUUGUCACUGUCCAACCAUCUUAGGUCAUGUAAUAUGUUAGAUAUAUACGUUUAUUGUGUAUAUUACAUUUUUGCUUUAACUAUUAAAAUUCUUCAAAGUAUUGAGUCAUGUAUAGUAUAUGUUUCUCACAAUAUGCAAUAUUGAUUUGAGCCUCAUUGUCCCACAUUUGUGUGUAGAUUUUUUUUGCCAAUGUUUAUUUGCAAUAAUAUGAUCACUUUUUGUGACAUGUCUUCAUAAGAUGCCACUAAGUGCUUCUUAAUUUUGGUUAAACGACAUUAAAUGACAGUUUUAGGGUGAUUUCUGAUGCAUAGAUUUCUAUGCAUAUCUGAGGUUAUGUCUUUGAUGGUUGCAGUUAUUGUAGACAUCUGUGGAGUAUCAGCACGCUUCCAGAAGGAAUGUAUUAUUUUCUCUUCAUCUGUAGGCGGAAAAGCACCUUGCUUGUUCUGGAAUGAAUGUGGCCUCCAGUCAUCUCUGUUAAAUAAUCCAGAAAUUUAUUUCAGAGCUGUUUUGUUGUGUUUUAACCUUGUUCCUAUACCCAACAAGCCUAUUUUAAACCUCCCUAGCACAGCUAACUGGAGGAUAAUGUUCUAGGAGUUUAUAUAAGUAGUCUGGAUGAUUCACCUCCACUUUGAGUUGCGGUAAAAACAUUUGGUCUGUAAUAAAUUAUUGAAACUGUAGAAACACAAGUGUGAAGAUAAUCUCUUACCUGAAGUUGAACUUGUAUUGGGAUGAGUGUCUUGGGACAGCGAUUUGUCCCAGCUUAAUCUGUGGUUCUGAAAGGGUGCAGGGGCAAAUGGAAUAUUGGCCCCUCUCUCCACUGAGCCGGUCAACUUGGUUUGCUCAACCACAGAAAUAGCAGGAAUGGGUUAGAGGAAAAACACAAGGAUAAGUUCUCUGUUGUAGCAAGCUGAGCCUCUCUUUAGGCAUGCUGAAGUAGGAUUUAUGAGUGUAUCAGGGAUGUUUCCUUUUGUGCCUGGGUGCUGUUUUUUUUCUUUUUUUUUUAAAUAAAAAAAUAAUAUAUAUGUUUUGUUACCUUUAAAGUCAUCCCUGAUCUCUUUAGAGAAUAUUUCAUGGGCUUGUCCUUCAGUAUGUCUUGUAGUUUAUCCAGGCCCACUCUCUUCAACUCAGGAACUCCUCCACUUUCUCUCUUAAAGAAAAACAUAGAGAAAAUGAGUGCACAUGAAACUGUCACCAUCCUUCCAACAAUUCAGGAUGUUGCAUCUGAUUUGGUAAAAUUAGUGACACUACUAACUAACUACAUUUUUUUUUUGUAGUGUGAAAGUAGCUCAUCUGGUUUCAUAACAGUGUAGAAUUUCCAGUAAGAAGCUAUUUUUUCCAUUGCUGUUUUUAUUGUGUCACAUUAUAUCGUGGGCACAGUGAUGAGAAAAUGAUUAAACCUGCUAUCCUACAAGUCCUUUGUC